GCAAAUGUUGGUAUAAUUUUUUAAUUUGUUACUCUAUUUAGAGAGGUCCUGGCAGGAUAAAGGAGGAGGGUGCUGUGGUAGGCGUGUGACGGCCAACAGUAUCACUUAGUCACAUCACAUGACAUGAAUCGAAAUAUGAAUAUCGUUAAUGCUAGGUCGUCACCCGUAAGUGACGCGUCAUCCCUCCGCCUGGGGGUGGUGUCAAAUAUGCAAGGGCGCGCUACACUUGAUAGACCUGGGUGUGGUGAUAAGAAUGCUAAGGUUGCUAGGUCGCCGCCCAGAAGCGGCGCGUCAUCCCAUUGCCCGGGGAUGAUGUCAAAUAGGCAAGGGCAUGGUGGAGUCCGAGAUGGGGUUAAGAACAGAAGGUGGAAUGCUAGAUUGCGUUUUGGGACAUGGAAUGUUGGGUCUCUUACAGGCAAAUCUUCCGAGGUAGUCGAGGUUAUGAGCAGAAGGAAUAUCAGCAUUAUGUGUGUGCAAGAAACUAAAUGGGUUGGUGAGAAAGCACGUGAGAUUAAUCCCGGAGGUUUUAAGUUGUGGUAUUCGGGGAGAGAUAAGACUAGAAAUGGGGUAGGCAUUAUUGUGGCGCGUGACUAUGUUGAGGAUGUGGUAGAAGUCUUCAGGAAGAACGAUCGCAUCAUGAGCAUUAAAUUGGUGAUAAGAGGUGAGAUUGUGUCUGUGGUAAGUGCCUAUGCACCACAAGUGGGAUUGGAUGCAUCUACAACUCAACAGUUCUGGGAAGAUCUUGAGGACGUGGUGCGACGAGUGCCAAGGGGAGAGAAGUUGAUCAUAGGAGGUGACCUCAACGGGCAUGUGGGCUCGAGUCGUGAUGGCUUUGAGAAUAUUCAUGGCGGACAUGGUUUUGGCACUAGGAAUGAGGCGGGAAAGAACAUUUUGGAUUUUGCCUUGACGUAUGAGUUGGCUAUAAUGAACACUUGGUUUAAGAAAAGAGACUCUCACCUUGAAACCUAUAAAAGUGGAGCUAAUAGUACCCAAAUUGACUACUUCUUAGUACGGACCACUUGGAGAACUAGCUACACUGAUUGUAAGGUUAUUCCAGGUGAGAGUGUUGUCACUCAGCAUAGGAUGCUUGUGCUUGACUUUCGAGGUAAGAACCAUAGAAGACAAGUUAAACAACAAGUGGAGCCAAAGAUAAAAUGGUGGAGGCUUGAGGGAGAUCUUCAACAAAGCUUUACACACAAAAUGGUCGGUGAAGAUGUAUGGCGUAUUGAUAAUGAAACACAUGUGGAUGAUGUGUGGUUAUCAAUGGAGUUGACCAUUAACAAAGUGGCAAAGGAGGUACUUGGAGAAUCUAAAGGAUGUCGGCCACCUAAAAAGGACACAUCUUGGUGGAAUGAUGAGGUGAAACAAU